CAUUUUUAGGGUCAGCUUAUUGUUUUUUCUUCAAUGGAUUCAAGCGACAAUUCUGAACUGACCUUCAAUUUCCCACCUUUUCUCCGAGUUUUCAAGGAUGGUAGAAUAGAGAGGUUCCUAGGAAACGACACCGUUCCGCCUUCUCUCAAUGUCGAGAACGGCGUCCACUCCAAAGACAUCGUGAUUGAACCAGAAACUGGCAUCUCCGCCAGGCUUUACAUCCCUAAAAUCACUUACCCAUCUCAGAAGCUACCCCUUUUAAUCUACUUCCACGGCGGAGGUUUCUGCAUCGAAACCUCCUCUUCUCCCACAUAUCACAACUAUCUGGACUCCCUCGUCGCCGAAGGUAACGUCGUCGCCGUCUCCGUCAAUUACAGAAGAGCCCCAGAAGACCCUCUCCCUGCUGCGUACGACGAUUGCUGGACUGCAUUUAAAUGGGUCGUUUCCCACUCUAACAGCCAAGGCCUAGAGCCUUGGCUCAACGACCACGCCGAUUUCAACCACCUCUUCCUCGCCGGCGACGAUGCCGGAGCAAACCUCGCCCACAACAUGGCCAUACGAGCCGGGACUCGAGUCAACGAACUGGGUAGCGUCAAGGUCUCAGGAAUCAUUCUGGUUCAUCCAUAUUUCUGGGGCAAAGACCCAAUAGGCUCAGAGAUGAACGACCUGCAGAAGAAGGCUCGCGUGGAUACUCUGUGGCAUUUCGUGUGUCCGACGUCGAGUGGGUGCGACGACCCCCUGAUAAAUCCGGCGACUGAUCCGCAACUGGGGAGCUUGGGCUGCCAAAAGGUUCUGAUUUUUCUGGCUGAAAAGGAUAUGUUGAGGGAUAGAGGGUGGUUUUACUAUGAGACGUUGGGGAAGUCUGGGUGGGAUGGUGUUGUGGACUUGACGGAGGCUGAAGCAGAGGACCAUGUUUUUCAUAUCUUCAAACCCACCUGCGAAAAGGCCGUGGCUAUGCGCAAACGAAUGGCUUUGUUCUUGAAUCCCCAGAAUUUCAAUUGAUCAUAGAUAUUGUGAUUCUGGUUGUUUGUUGAUGUCUCUCAUGCUCUCAUGCAAAAACCUUACGUAAUUGAAAUAAUAAAUAAUUGAGAUUUAUUUACAUUAA